AAGAGCAGAAGACAUUUUGCGUUCAACUGCGCCAUUUAACAUUCGAACUUAAAUGCCCGUACGUCUCACGUGAACACUAUAAUAAAGGGCGGGUUCCAAAGGGCUUUCAAGCGCAUUUGAAUGGCACUGAGAAAAGGGGUCGCUUCAGAUGAAGAGAUUAUUCCCUCCUCUGAAUGUGUAUUUAUUGCACAGGCCUAUGUGUGAGACACAACUGUAGGUUACUCUCUCCAGGGUUCACCUUUCAAGAGCUCUGCACUUCAGAGUGAGUAUAAGGACUCCACCUGCGACUGAAAUUCGGGAUCUGAAAUAAGUCUCUAAUGGAGACCCCUGUGUCACCUCGGUCACCCAGUGCUUUGUCACUGAAGAGUGAUGCAUCUUUGGACCAUAUAAUAAUGUUUAAACAGCAGGAUAAAAACAACUGUGACCUCAGCAUUGAGAAAGAAGAUAAACUCCAGGUUCAGCCCAGUUGUUGUGGAUUAUGUAAAGAAGUUAUGAGGAAUCCAGUCACUAUUACCUGUGGAGACAGUUUUUGCAGACAUUGUAUCAGCAGUCACUGGGAUAAGUGUGGACAAUCUGAAGACAUUUGCUGUCCACAGUGCAGAAAAAGGUUUAGGACACGCCCCGUUCUACACAAAGUCAUGGGAGGCAUCGGCCUUAAUAGUUUUGCUCAUUGCAGCACAGCAGCUAAAGAUGACCUAUGUGACGCUGGCACAAAAGUGCAGGAUGAUUCUUACCAAUCAAUGAUUGAUGUCUUGGAAAGGGUCAAAACAUCUCACAAAAACAACAUGAAGAACCAUUAUGAGAGCUUUUUUGAAGGUAUCAAAACACAAGAGAGUAAAGUCCUGCUGAACAGCAUUUACACCGAGCUUUACAUCACUGAGGAAGAUAAAGAAGACCCAAAUGAUCCACAUGAAGUUUUACAGAUGGAGAAAGCACCAAGGACAAAACACAUACAAGACACUCCAAUCAAGUGCAAUGAUAUCUUCAAACCAUUAUCUGAAUUGAGACACGAGGAUAACAGAAAGCACGAUGAAAUACAUAUAAAGACUGUGCUUACCAAAGGCAUUGCUGGAAUUGGAAAAACAGUCUCUGUGCAGAAGUUUGUCCUGGACUGGGCAGAGGGAAAAGCCAAUCAGGAUGUAGACUUCAUAUUUGUGCUUCAAUUUCGAGCUUUAAACCUAGUUAGAGAUCAACAGUACAAUCUAUACAAACUCCUGCUUAAAUUUUAUCCUGAACUUGAAGAGCUGGAUGCUGAGAUGUUUAAUAUGUGUAAAAUUGUUUUCAUCUUUGAUGGUCUGGAUGAAAACAAAGUUUCGUUGAUGUUCUCAGAUUGUGGGAAAGUCUCUGAUAUGACUAUGACAUCCUCACUCUGUGUGCUGAUAACAAACCUGAUCAAAGGAGAGCUGCUCCCCUCUGCACGUAUAUGGAUAUUGUCCAGACCAGCAGCAGCCGGUCAGAUCCCUUCUGAAUACAUCAACAGGAUGACAGAGAUUCAUGGGUUUAAAGACAAUCAGAAGGAGGACUAUUUCAGAAAGAAAAUCAAGGAUCCAGAUCAAGCCAACAAAAUCAUCUCACACAUUAAAACCGCAAGAAGCCUUCACAUUAUGUGUGGUAUACCGGUCUUCUGUUGGAUCUCAGCCACGGUGCUUCAGAAAAUGAUUGAUGAACGUGACUGUACAGAAAAAAUCCCUAAAACAUUGACAGCAAUGUACAUACAUUUUCUGCUAAUUCAGACAAAUACAAAGAAUGUGAAGUUUGGUGAGAAAGAUGUGAGAGAUUUAAGUGAAGUCCUCAAAACAAACAGAGAGGAGAUUCUGAAGUUUGCUGAAUUGGCUUUCAGGCAGCUGAUAAAAGGCAAUGUCAUGUUUUAUGAGGAGGACCUGGACGAGUGUGGCAUAGAUCCUGUUCGUGACCUGCUGUAUUCUGGGAUCUUCAAAGAGAUCUUUAAGGGGGAAUCUGUCUUUAAUGAGAGGAAGGUCUUCUCCUUCCUACAUUUGAGCUUUCAGGAGUUUCUUGCUGCACUGUAUGUGUUUUACUCAUUUUUAGUGAAGAACUUUAAUACACUGCAGAUUUUUCUGGGGGAAAAAUUGAAGGGGGGCAGAUCUGAGAAGCACAAUCUCUUUUGGCUUCUCAAAAUCACUGUUGAUAAAAUCAUACAAAGUAAACAUGGAAAUCUAGAUCUUUUCCUCAGAUUCCUGCUGGGCAUCUCACUUGAGUCCAACCAGAGACUUCUAAAGCAUCUGUUGCCACGCACAGAGAGCAACGUCGAAAGCACAGAUGAAACUAUCAAGUACAUUAAAGACAAAAUCACAAAUGUAAGAACCAAUUCAGAGCGUCUCUCAGCUGACAGAGCCAUCAAUCUGUUUCUCUGUCUGCUUGAAAUGAAUGACGAGUCUCUGUACCAGGAGAUUGAGACGUUUCUGAAAUCAACAAAACGUUCACAGAAACUCUCACCAGCUCACUGCUCAGCCAUAGCCUACAUGCUUCAGAUAUCAGAGCAGGUCCUGGAGGAGCUGGACCUCAAGUCAUACAACACAACAGAGGAAGGCAACAAGAGACUUUUACCAGCGCUGAAAAAUAGCAGAAAAGCACGACUGGCUGAUUGCCGUCUGAAGUAUCAGUGCUGUGAAAGUGUGGCCUCAGCUCUACAGUCAUCAAACUCUCACCUGGUCGAGUUGGACUUGAGUAACAAUGACCUGCAGGAUCUAGGGGUGGAGUUUCUCUCUGAUGGACUGAAGAGUUCAAACUGUCAACUAAAAGUACUGAGACUGGCAAUAUGUAAUCUCACUGAUGAGAGCUGUGAACAUGUGGCGUCUGUUCUACAAUCAACAAACUCCCCCCUGAGAGAGCUGGACCUCAGUAACAAUGACCUGCAGGACUCUGGGGUGAAGUUGCUGUCUGAUGGACUGCUGAGUUCAGACUGUCAACUAAAGAUACUGAGGAUGUCAAGCUGUCAUCUAACUGAUCAGUGCUGUGAAAAUUUAGCCUCAGUUUUGCAAUCAGAAAACUCCACCUUGAGAGACCUGGACCUGAGUAACAAUGACCUGCGGGACUCAGGAGUGAAGCUGCUAUCUGAUGGAUUGAGAAGUCCUCAUUGUCAGAUAGAGAUACUAAGAUUGUCUGGCUGCAUGGUGACAGAGGAAGGCUGUUCUUGUCUGGCUUCAGCUCUGAUUUCAAACCCCUCGCAUCUAAGAGAGUUGGAUCUCAGCUACAAUCACCCAGGAGAGCCAGGAGUGAAGCUGCUCUCUGAAAGACUGGAGGAUCCACACUGCAAACUAGAGAUCCUCAAUGUAGAUAAUGGGGGUGAAUCCAGAAUCGCACCUGAAUUCCAGAAAUAUGCAUGUAAUCUCACCCUGGACCUAAAUUCAAUAAAUAUACAUCUGUCUCGGUCUGAGGAGGACAGAAAAGUGACGAUUGUGGAUGAAAAGAUGCCAUAUCCUGAUCAUCCGGAGAGAUUUGAGGGAUGGCCUCAGGUUAUGACCAAAGAGCCUCUGUCUGGACGCCAUUAUUGGGAGGUUGUGUCAAGUGGGGAAAGGUGGGUUGGUAUAGCAGUGUCAUACAAAGGAAUCAAGAGGCAGGGUGUUACUGAUGAGUGUUGUUUUGGAUUCAAUGACUUGUCCUGGAGUCUAAAUUGCUUUAAUGACGAGUACUACGCUUGGCACAAUCAUGCAAGCUCUGACAUUCCUGCUCCUUCCUCCCGCAUUAAAAGGAUAGGAGUAUAUCUGGACUGGCCGGCCGGCACUGUGUCCAUGUACAGCGUCUCAGAGACGCACAAACUCACACGCUUACACACAUUCCAGGCCAAAUUCACUGAGCCCGUCUAUGCUGCAUUUAGAAUUUAUGACUCAAUAUUAUUUUGUUAAAGUAGGCAAGGCAAUGUAAGUUUAUUUAUAAAGCACAUUUUAUACACAGUAAUUCAGUGUGCUUCAAAUCAGUAUUUAAGGGAAAUAAAUAUAAAUGAAACAAAAAUAAAAAUGAUGGAAAAAGUGCAGUAUGUGCAAAGCAGCAUAGGCUCAUUCAGUAAAGUCAGUAAAAAAACUAGACAAUUAAUUUCUGUUGCCACAUUCAAAGGUAACAGUAAGAGUACUUAAUUACUUGAUAAAAAAAUUCCUUUUUAAAGCAUGCAAGUCAAAUCUCUUACCACCAUGCAUAUAGUUUAAAAGAGGGCUUAGUUUUGUUUUUAGAUUGGCCUAAAAAGUUACAAAUAUGACAGUUGUCUUAAACUUAAACCAGCCUGGGUACAGUAGGGCACAGUCUAUGUUACUAUAUCAGUGUAUUUAUAGUCAAAGUUCUACUUUUAUUUAAAUUGUAUGGUUAUUAUUUGCAUUAUUGUUAUUAUUUUUAUUAUGGACGUUAAUGUUUACUAUUUGUUUGCUUUAUAUACAGAUCUAUAUUUGGGUUUAAGAAUAUUGGUGUAUAAACUGGGUGCACUUUUGGGGUAUACAUUUGGUUGUACAGCUGUUCAACUACCUGUUUACCUAAAAUUGUGUAUUACUGUAUGGUCAAAGUUCUACUUUUAUUUAAAUAGUAUGGUUAUUAUUUGCGUUUAGGGUUUUUGGUUUUGUUUACAGGAUGUUAAUGUUUACUAAUUGUUUGCUUUAUAUACAGAUCUAUAUUCGGGAUUUAAGAAUAGUGGUGUAUAAAGUGGGUGCACUUUAAAGUUGGUUGUCUUGCGGUUUACCUACCUAUUUAACUAAAAUUAUGUAUUAUUGUAUGGUUAUUUUCAAAUUUGUAUUUUUUAUAAACAUGGCUAUUAUGGGGUUUGUCUUUGGGAUUUUCAGUUUCCUUACUUAAUGUUAUUACUGCUGUCAGGUAUUGAACAUUCAUUCUUACCUAUAACUAUACUAUAUUCCAAGAAAUGUAAAUUUGUGAACAAAUAUUUGAUGCCGACUGGCAGCAGGAAGUGUUACAACAAACAUGUGCAAACGUGAGAUCUGUAAAAUUGCUUGCCCUUUUUAUAAUAAAAUUUCCUGCAAUACACAAA